GUAACUAAAUGUCACGUGAUUAGUCAAUCGGCGCGCUAAAACCUUUUUUGACCAAAAGCAUCAUCCACCUUAUGCUGCGCGCCGGAUGGCGUUCACCAACUCGCAACCUCGCUGCGCAAACAUCGCUCUCAGCCACGCGAGCGAUUAUAAUACCUGAAUAUGACUUGGGCAUAACGACAAACAUAUCACCUAUUGCUCGAAAAUGGAAGAUCCAGUGAUGCUGCAGUCAGCAGUUCGCCUGCCUACACCUCCCCCCGGCACCUCUUACUCUCCCCAGCCUUCAGGGACUCGGAAAAGGUCACCACCCUCCCGCUCCCCUUCACCUGACCGACGUCGUUCUCCCCCAAACGGCACUUCUCGGGAUGGGCCUGACCAGCCACAUGAAGAGUCGGCUCGUUAUAUGGAGAGGGAGCAGCAACUUACUGAACGGCUUCGAAAACGCGAGGCUCCCGCAAAGUCUCUAACUGAAGAAGAGAAGCAAGCUGCUGCGAAGGCAGAAUAUGAAAAGCUGCUGAAUAUGCGCUCCGGUGGAACAUAUAUUCCUCCAGCAAAACUCAGAGCACUCCAAGCUCAGAUCACCGACAAGACCAGCAAGGAAUACCAACGGAUGGCAUGGGAGGCCCUGAAGAAAUCCAUCAACGGUCUGAUCAACAAAGUCAACGUCUCAAAUAUCAAGUUUAUUGUUCCUGAGCUUUUUGGCGAAAAUCUCGUCCGCGGAAGAGGUCUCUUUUGCCGAAGUAUUAUGAAAGCUCAAGCUGCCAGUUUGCCGUUUACACCGAUAUAUGCUGCAAUGGCCGCGAUUGUCAACACGAAACUUCCACAGGUCGGGGAGCUAUUGCUAAACCGACUCAUAGUCCAGUUCCGCAAGGCCUUCAAGCGAAAUGACAAAGCUGUAUGCAUCUCAUCAACAACAUUUAUUGCCCACUUGUGCAAUCAGCAGGUAGCGCAUGAGAUGGUAGCGGCUCAAAUUCUCCUGCUUUUGCUACACAAACCUACGGAUGAUAGUGUGGAGAUUGCUGUUGGCCUUACAAGGGAGGUUGGUCAGUACUUGGAGGAAAUGGGCGGGCCUAUCGCGCUGGCUGUGUUUGACCAGUUCAGGAAUAUCCUCCACGAGGCGGAUAUUGAUAAGCGCGUACAAUAUAUGAUCGAAGUGUUAUUUCAAGUCCGCAAGGAUCAUUACAAAGACAACCCUGCUAUCAAGGAAGAGCUAGAUCUCGUGGAGGAGGAAGACCAGAUUACCCAUCGCGUUAGUCUGGAUGAUGAAAUCGAUGUCCAAGAUGGCCUAAAUAUCUUCAAGUAUGAUGCGCAGUGGGAGGAACAUGAGAAUGCAUAUAAGAAGCUAAAAGCCGAGAUUCUGGGCGAAGGUAGCGAUGAGGAAGACGAGGACGGGUACGAAACAGAUGAGAGCUCCGAUGAAAAUGAGGAAGACGAUAAGGACCAACAAAUGGAUAUUAAGGACCAGAGCAAUACAGAUCUUGUUAACCUCCGAAGGACGAUCUAUUUGACUAUUAUGUCGAGUAUUGAUUUUGAAGAAUGUUGCCACAAACUCAUGAAGAUCACUCUGCCACCAGGACAUGAAUCGGAGCUACCGUCCAUGAUCAUUGAAUGUUGCUCGCAGGAACGGACUUAUUCCAAGUUUUAUGGUUUGAUUGGGGAGCGUUUUGCGAAACUCAACCGUCUUUGGGCCGACCUGUUUGAGGAGGCCUUCAUCAAGUAUUACGAUACCAUCCAUCGCUACGAAACAAAUCGCCUACGGAACAUUGCAAAAUUCUUCGGGCACAUGCUCAGCUCGGACGCGAUUGGCUGGCACGCACUGUCUAUUAUUCAUCUUAAUGAGGAAGAGACAACAUCUAGCAGCCGUAUCUUUGUUAAAAUCCUCUUUCAGGAACUUGCUGAGGUUCUUGGAAUGGCGAAACUUCAGGGAAUCUUCAGAGAUGAAAUACUUCAACCUAGUUUUGAGGGCUUGUUCCCGACUGACAAUCCGAGAAACACUCGCUUCUCAAUCAAUUACUUCACUAGUAUUGGUAUGGGUGUUCUCACAGAAGGGAUGCGCGAGCAUUUGAAAAAUCUGCCCAAACCCACGAUUCCGGCGCUACCGGCGCGAGAAGCAGAAUCAGACUCAGAGUCAGUCAGCUCAUAUUCAAGCUAUUCGUCAUAUACUGGUUCUUCCAGGUCCCGCUCGUAUUCUCACUCUCGUUCACCUUCUCGUGGCCGAAGACGGUCAGCGUCGUUCUCUCGCUCUCCCUCAUCUAGGGGAAGAAGCUUCAGCAGAAGCAGGAGCAGAAGCCAUAGCUACACACCAUCCCGUUCACCGACCCCUCCGCCGAGGCGUCGGGGUAGACAACCUUCAUACUCUCGGUCGCCAUCUCCCGCCAGCUAUAGGUCUCGAUCUGUAUCAUAUUCUCCCGACCGUCGCCGCUCUUCGCCGCUCAGACGACCAGAUUCGCGUGGUAAGGGCAAAGCAGUCGCUGUGAGGGGAGGCAGCAGACGCUCUCUAUCCCGUUCAAUCACCCCUCCCCGUCGCGGACGGGCCAACGGCGGCCGCGACAGGUCGACAAGCUACUCACGCUCCCCGUCCCCUCCGCCUCGCUCAAGUAGAGGAAGGCGACGAAGCCCUCCGUCCUUGUCGCGCUCACGAAUUCCCCUGCCUCGCAAACCACACAAGGAUAGGCGACGAUCCCCCUCUCGAUCCGCCACACCACCUCCUCGCGCCAGGGCGCACAGGGGCCGGAGCAGGAAUAGACACUCGUCCAAAUCCCCGUCACGCUCCCCUUCUCCCUCCCCGCGCUAUAGACAUAGAUAUAGCCGGUCUCCUGCAUCCGUUUCUCGUUCUCGAUCCCCUCGCCGCUCGCGGACUCCACCAAGACGUGCACGUCCGCGACGUGAUAGUCGCGGAGGCGGUCGUGGUGGCCGGAAACGGUCGCUUCCGCCUGGUGUUUCUCGGUCCCGGUCCAGAUCUCGAUCCCGAUCCCGACCACGGUCUCCGGUGCGAACAGCACCAUCCGGUGGACGCGCUAGGGCAUCUGAUUUCUUGUAAUCGUAUCCAUUAUUUUAUUCUUUUCACUUUUUUAUUUUCUUUCUUAUAAUGUGGCUUCUUUGGAGGGAAAAGAGAAAUAUUAAAGCUUUCGUUCGCUAUUGGCCUAUGGUUAACAAGACAUACUAGUAUUAGAAGAAUAAACGAUGUACGUUUUGAGGUUUUUAUGGUCUGCACUUUUGAAAUCAAUGUUUCCUUCCCAUUAUUUGCUCUUUUGAUUCUUCUUGUGCUUGACAUUCUGCCGUUUUCAUAGCUUGAAGGGUGUUUAGUUUGGUUGGCGCAUAUACUCCAUGUUCGGACAUAGCUAUUUCUCGUGACACGGCUAGUCAACAUGGUCUUGCUUUUUUUCCUCGUUGUACUAAAACUAAACAACUUGAGUCCUUUUUCGUCUUCUUUUCCUGUAUUUUAUUUUCUGUUGUUAUUUUUCUUUCUUCAGAAAAAGAGAAUGUUAUGUUUAAUUGGGGCUUGUCAUCAUCUAUAUCUAUAUUUUACAACCUGACAUUUGAAAUAAGAAAUCCAUGUGAUCAAGAUGGUUUCCUUUAUUAUUUUUAUUUACAUAUUAUUUUCUCUUAUUUCCCACUACAUCUCUCCACAAAGCAUUUAAAUAGACGUCUAGGUUCUCUAGAUGACACGCUCGGAGGAAGUGGCAAGAAGCAACAGCAAUUUUUCAUGCUUUUAAUGCUACACAAUUGAAUUCCAAUACAACAUGGAAAAUUUAUCUGAGUUUUUCCUGUGGAACUUGGGUUCCCCUUUGGGAAAUGAAGGAGAGCGGGAGACCUAACAAUGUCAUUGAUGUUGACGUGUGGCCAACGCGACGUAAUGAAGGGCCUGAAAACUGACAUGCCCGUAGUGUUGUCUAGUGGAACAGGAAAAAAAGGGUUAGAUUUACCGCAGUUCUAUUCUUUUCUAACAUGAUGAGAAAGGGGCUGAAGUAUAAUUGAGGAUGAAGCAGGAAGUCGGUUUGUGGAUAAUUCUACUGCCUAAGUUAAAUGUAUAAAUUAUGCUACUAAACACAACAACGGAGGGUUAAAUGGUUUCUGAAAUGGGCGUUGGGGUAUUUUGAAUGGCUUGCGCUGCUAUGGCUGACUAUGGCAGGUUGGCAAAUUCAGGGUUUGUGCUUGUUAUCCUUAGAUGUAAACUGAGGGGAAAAUGAUAUCAGAGAAUAGAACAAAUAAUAGAAUUGCAGAACUGAAAAAAAAUGGGGGAAUAGAUGAAUCAUAAAAGCAGAAGAUGAUAAGUGAAGAUGGGAAAAGAAGAAAAGAAAGCAAAAAAAGUAAUAAACCCCUAUAUUCC